UGGUGAAAGUAUUAACUAUUACAUGAAAAUACUUUUAGCAAUUCAUAUUUAUAAACAGGUCCACGCUGAUUUGAGCUCGUGCGCUCGUUUGAGCCUCUCAGGCCACCGUAGGUUGACGCAGGCGCGAGAGCUUUCCACUAAAACAUGGCUGCAGGUUCUAUAUUGGAAGAUGAAGAAGAAAAUAUUCUGUAUGAUUUACUCAUUAACGCGGAAUGGCCGUCGGAGACAGACACGCAGGCACGAGGAGCAAAAGAGCAGAGUUCCUCUCUCAUUGCCAAGGCUGUGACAGGUCCAUUCCGCUUUAUUCUGCACUACCUUUGGUACAGCCCCUCAAGUUCAUCUUUACCUCCUGGACUGGUGCGCCUGGCAGCAAAGCAGAUCAACUGGCAGCUGGUGCUAGCAAGUAAUGGGAAGCUCCUGGCUGUGGUUCAGGACCAGUGUGUGGAAAUUAGGUCAGCUCGAGACGACUUUGGAUCCAUCAUUGGGAAAUGUCAAGUGCCCAAGGACCUGUCUCCACAGUGGAGGAAGGUGGCGUGGAGUCACGACUGCGCUUUGCUGGCGUACGCUGACAGCACUGGCACUGUGCGAGUCUUCGACCUGAUGGGCAGCGAGCUCUUCGUCAUCCCGCCAGCUGUGAGCUUUCCUGGAGAUUUCAGCUACGCCGCUGCAGGCUUGAUCUUCCUGGAAUACACAGCUAGUGCUCAGUGGUCCGCAGAGCUGCUUGUGAUCACCUAUAGUGGCCAGCUAAAGAGCUACCUGGUCAGUACGGGAACCAACCAGGGCUUCCAGGAAAGUCACACCUUCAGUUUCUCCACCCACUAUAGCAAUGGCGUCACGGCGGCCAUCUAUCACCCGGGCCACAGGUUGCUGCUGGUGGGUGGAUGCCGGUCAGACGAGGGCGCCGCCUCCAUGGCCGCUCGCUGUGGCGUCACGGCGUGGAGGGUGUUAUCGGGUUCACCGCAUUAUAAACAGGUCACCAGCUAUGAAGAUGAUGUCCUAGCGUCCCAGAGGAGAGGGCUUUUCCGAAUGCCCACAUUUCGACUCUUUUCCAGGCAAAACAACGAGCAGGAUGGCGUGUUCAGGAUGUGUGUGUCUCCUGACGGAGCAAUGUUGGCUGUCAUCCAUUUUUCGGGCGCUCUCAGUGUGUGGGACGUUCCAUCACUGAAACAGAGGAGCAGCUGGAAGCAGGAGGAGCAGCCUGGCUAUGAGGAGAUUAAUCCGGAGUGGAAGACCUCGCUAGAGAAGAGAAAGAAAAUCAGAGAUAAAGAGCAGUAUCAGUCUCUGAUGGAUGUGGGUUGGUGGAGUGAUCAGGCUCUGAUUCUGGCCCGCUGUUCCGGCUCUCUCACCGUCUCCUCUGUCCGAGCUCUCACCAAUCUCCUGGGAAAAUCGUGUGAAUGGUUUGAGCCCUCACCCCGAGUCACAUCGGCUCAUGAUGGCGGGUUCCUCAGCCUGGAGUGUGAGAUUAAACUGGCUCAGAAGCGUUCACGCCUGGAGAGUAGUGCCUCAGGUGAGGAUGACGACGUGGAGGAAGACUCCGAUUCUGACGAGGAAUCAUCCGCGAAGGCUCGUUACUUCGGUUAUGUGAAGCAGGGCCUGUACUACGUGACUGAGAUGGAACGCUUCGCUCCUCCCAGGAAGAGACCACGCACCGUCCUCAAAAACUACAGACUGCUCAGCCUGAGAUCUACCACACCCGAGGAGCUCUACCAGAGGAAGAUUGAUAAUGAGGAAUAUGGGGAAGCUUUGUCUUUGGCUCGUGUCUAUGGACUGGACUCAGAUCUGGUCUAUCAGAGGCAGUGGAGGAAGUCGUCUGUCAGCAUCGCCUCUAUACAGGACUAUCUGAGUAAGAUAAAGAAGCGUUCCUGGGUGCUACAUGAGUGUGUUGAGAGGGUUCCGGAGAACGUGGACGCUGCCAAGGAGCUCUUACAGUACGGCCUGAAAGGAACCGACCUAGAGGCCCUUAUCGCUAUUGGCAACGGAGAGGAUGGAGGCAGGUUCAUCUUACCCGGCGACGUGGACAUCGACGACGCUCCGUAUGAAGAUUUCCAGUCGAUGGAGGAGGAAAUGGAGAGAAAACGAGAGAGAGAAGCAAAAAAAAGACAAGAGCUCCUUAAGAAAGUAGACUUUAGCAAGUUAACACUGGAGCAGAAGGAGCUGUGUAGAAGCAGACUCAAGCUGCUGUGCUAUUUGGACCGACUGGCCACGUAUGAGGAGAUUUUGGGCGGACCCCAUGCAGCAGAGGAGAGGUACGACGCAGAAUUCUUCAAAAAGUUCCGCAGUCAGAAUAUUGUGCUGUCAGCAAGAACCUACGCCAGGGAGAGUAACGUUCAGGCGCUGGAUAUUCUCUUUACUUAUCAUGGCUCUGAGUUGCUCCAGCAUCGACUAGCCAUCCUGUGCAAUUUCCCAGAAACCACCUCUCCACAUGAGUACACAGCGCUGCUGCCCGAGGCCUGUAAGGAUGAGAUGUCCAGUGUGGUGUUUAUUCCCUGGGACGAGCAGAGGCACAGAGAUUUGGACUGGUGCGAAGAUCCGCAGUGCAGGACAGCGGUGGAACCACGCAUGGUGGAUGAUCCUCACUUCCUGUAUGAAGAGCAGCCACAGUUGGAGCGAUUUUGCACCCCGAAUCCAUCCAUCACACUCCUUACUGACUGGUACUUGAGCAGAGCCCAGGAGAUCGAGCACAACUCACGCCAGGUGGACUGUGCUCUGUCUUUGGUGCGUCUGGGAAAAGAGCGGGAAAUCCCCGGGCUGGAGCAGCUGGGUGACGACCUGGUUACCAUGGAGACCCUAGUGUAUGAGACGUCUUGCGACCUGAGUCUCAGUCUGAGGGAGCUGCGGCAGCUUAAUGACAUCGACAAGCUCCGCCUACUCAUGAAAAAUUCAAGUGUGGAAUCCUAUGUGAAGAACGCCUUCCAGUGGAUGGUACCAUUUCUCCACCGCUGUGAGAGUCAGAAGGAGGGAUCGUCUGCUGCUCUCCUCAGAGAAUAUCUGGUGUCCCUCGCUAAGGAGGAUCUGACUCUCCCACUUAAAAUUUUCCAGCAUUCCAAACCAGGCUGUCAGCAGAAGAUCACUGGUGAUCCUGACGAGCUGAUGUCAGUGGCGUUGGAGUGUAUCUACAGCUGUGAACGAGACGACCAGCUCGCUCUCAGCUAUGACAUAUUGGAGUGUCUGCCUCAGAGAGGAUAUGGGCCACAGACUGAAACCACUAAAAUCCUGCACGACCAAGUGGACUCCCUGGAGAAACAUCUCAGUGUUGCUGAGGUACUGGAGAAGCAUGGCCUACAGAAACCAAUUUCGUUCAUUAGAAACAGUCAGAGCAGCAGGGAGGAGGCUCACCAGCUGAUGGUCAAACUCACCCGCCAUACCGGACGCAAAAAUCCUCCGGUCAGUGAGAGUGUGUGGAGAGAUCUACUGCAGGAUCUACUGGACAUGCAGCAGAACGUCUACACCUGCCUGCAGCCUGCCACCUGCCACCAGGUGUUUGUGGAGAGUUUGUUGUGUUCAGGUCGGGAGGAGAACGUGCUCCUGGCUGGUCAGCUGAUGCAGCGCAGCUCUUCAGGCCCGGUUCCCCCAGUUGGCCCUGCGUUCCGUGUUAAAGCAGCCCGUGUGCCCUACGCCCGGAGCGUGGACCUAGCACUGGCCUCCGCCCGCGAGUAUUUCAACUCCUCCGCAACUCUCAGCGACCCCUGCAUCAGCCUGGCACGAUCAUGUCUGCAGCUGAUCACAGACUGCCCUCCUUCAAUCCAAGAAGAAUUAGACCUCAUUAGUGCCCUUUCUCGACUAGAGGACUUUGGGGUUAAAGUCCUGCCUUUACAAGUGCGAUUGCGUGAUGACCGCCUCUCAUUGAUAAAGGAGUGCAUCGCUCAGUGUUCCACUGCCUAUAAACAGUCCACUCUGCUGCUGGAGCUGGCCAGGUUGCUUCGGGUCUCGGGUGGUGAUGAAAGCCAGAGAAAGGGUAAAGUCCUCACGCUGUUGGCCGAACAGGCUCUACACAGUCACGACUACAAAGCCUCCUACAUCCACUGCCAGGACCUGAUGGCAGCAGGCUACAGCCAGGGUUGGGAUGUUUGCUCUCAGCUGGGUCAGUGUGAGAGCUACGCGCGGCUCUCGGCUCGUCAGGAGCUCAUGGCGUUUGCUUUGACCCACUGCCCUCCUGCUAACAUCCAGAGCCUUCUAGCGGCGUCCAGCUCUCUGCAAACACAGAUUCUUUACCAGGCGGUGAACUACAAGAUGGACCCGUCUCAAGCCGCGGGAGCAGGGGACAAUCCAGAUCAGCAGGCUGCUGCUGGAGGUGGAGGUGGAGGGUCAGGGGUUUCUCACCCCUCAGCUCUUCUCCAGAGGACAACCGCUCGCACCAUUGAGGUCCUGACCAGCACCACAAUAAACACUAAGGCUGUACUGAACACCAUCAGUGACUCCCAGUGGUGGAAAGACUCCAUCAGCUACCUCCGCCCAUUGCACGGUCAAGAGUCAGAUUUGCACCGCACUGGAUCGGCCAAUCAGAACGCAGAGCUGGAGAGGCAAGGCUGCAGCUCGUUCUACGAGGAGCUGUUUGAUGAUCCGUACGUCAGCCCGAUGGACGAUGUGUACUCCUCCUAUGACUACGUCCCUCAGGAAGACUUUGCCGAAGUUUUGCUCCGCACCGGAAAAUUAGCUGAGACCAAGAGUGAGGGCCAGCAGCUUUUUCCAGCUACUGAAGUUCUGCUCCAGUUGGCUAGUGAUGCCUUUCCCAGGGACAUGACACUGGCUCUGGCCUAUUUGCUGGCUCUGCCUCAGGUGUUGGAUGCGAACUCGUGUUUUGAGAAGCAGCCCCCCUCAGCUCUGUCUCUACAGCUGGCUGCGUAUUACUACUCUCUCCAGAUCUACUCUCGCCUGGUGCCCUGCUUUAAGGACAAGUGCAGCCCUUUGUACAGGGCUGAUCCGAAGGAGCUGAUUCGUCUUGUGACCAAGCAUGUGACUGACCGCGAAGGUUUUGAUUGGGCAGACAAGGAGCUGGAGGCUCUGAUUGGUCAGCUGCGGCUCUAUAGUGAGCGUCUGACGGAUUUCACUCAGGCCCAGGUGCUGCGGAGUCUCGGCCGAGGAGUGGACGUGCAGCGCUUCAGUAACGACAGCCACUACAAAAAGGAGACCAUCCUCGGGCUGGCUGAGACUUUAGAUGAGAGUGUGUAUGGGAUCUCUCGCUCUUUGGCUCAGCGCUACAGUAUUCCACUGUGGGAGGUGUAUAUGACGCAUCUUGAGUUCCUCUUCACAGACAGCGGCCUCUCCACUAAGGAGAUUGAGACCCGAAGUGAGUCCUUAGGCCUUUUCCAGACCCUGAAGACUGAACCCCAGGCCUUCUACACACACAUGAGCAAGUACGUGUACCCAGGCAUCGCAGGCGUGGACCUGCAGCGUCUGCUCUACUACUACACGCUACUGGAGAGCUGCUCGUGCACCGACUACCUUCCUUCAUCCACCAUGACACCUGACACACACGUCAAACUGCUGAAGAAGUUGAAGGCUGUGGCCAGCGGUCUGGACUAUAAGAAGCUGACGGAUGAAGACUCGGAUCCUCUUAAAGCUCUGGAGCCGGUGCUGAGCAGCCAGAACGUUCUGUCCAUCUCUAAACUGGCGUCUCGGAUUCCUCGGAAGGGAGGCGGAGCUCUCACGCCCAGCGCUGUGCACGCUACAUGGCUUCCCAAGCUCUUCUGGCAAGGCGAUGCUCACAUCCUCAAGAAGUCUCCUCAAUCAGAUCAGGACUUCCUCCAUGCCUACGACACCUGUGCCAAAUACCUCGACCGACUAAUGCCCUUAGAUGCGAUUUACUUCCUGGAUUCCAUCACCUUUUCCCUGGAAGCGACCAAUCAGCUCUCUGUUGAGGUCAGAACCGAGAUCACCAGACGGGCUCUAAAGGCUCUGAAGAUGAUCAGUGAAAAGAGCAGAAAAAGGGGCGGAGAUAACGGGGCUGAUGACCACGCCUUUGAUUUUAGCCACGCCCUCACUCACCUGCAGCAGUCUCUCAACCAUCUGGAGACUCUCAGCCAGCCUUUCCCACUGUCACUCAGAAACAACCAGGAGGAGCGCCUGCAAGACUACGGUAGAGCCUUUGACCUCUCCAGGUCAGAGGAGGUCAGAGUUCACCAGCUGGCUGUUACUAUGGCACUGGAUGGACAGCCAUUAGAGCAGAUUGAGAAGUUGCUGUCAGUCGCCGUGGGGACGAGCAGCCUAUCAGUGCACAGCGUGGUGCAGGACGCAGUGGCGCGCAUCAUCUCCGCACUCAGCGGUGACGAGGCCGUCCUGAAGGAUUACGCAGACCCGCCGAAAGUUCUGGAAGGCAUCGUGAAGUCAGUGCAAGAGGAUGUUCAAGGCGGGGGACAUGCGGUGUCAUCGGAGGACCUGUUGGCAUGGUUACGGCCAUUCUGUGGGGAUGACUCAAAGCCCGUGCGAGUACGGAUUGAGGUGCUGCAGAUUCUGGAACAUUCAUUCAGCCUCAGUGAGCAGGACGUCCGUCUCCUGGUGCUGUUCAGGAGCCAAGCAGUGCUCAAAGCCUGCUGGCCCAGCCGUGAGUGUAACAUGAAGGAUAUUGAGGAUGAGACUCAGCGUUACUCUCUCUUCCUGGAGCUGCUGGAGUUGAGUCAAAAGUGGGAGGAGUUUCAGCACCUCAUGCUCCUCCUACAGGCGUGGCCACCUGUGACUGACAAGAGCAGACUGGAGUCAGAGCAGAACCCAUGGGUGUGUGUGACAUCAGCCGUGCUCACACACUGCUCUACAGGGUUGAACAUCAGCGUUGGACGUGAGAUUCUCGCCAUGUGCCGCUCACUAUACACGACCAAGCACAGACUGAAUCCUCAGUGCAUUGGACACAUCUCUUCUCUGCUGCUGAAGAGUGGACUCAAACUAGCAGCGUUAAAGCUGAUGGCUGAGAGCAAAGACGAGCAGCUUCUUGCUCUGACUCUGGAUCAAAUCAAAAGCAUCACCUCUGUGAGUGAGGAGUGUUGUGACUCGGAGCUGUUGACUCUGUUGCUGGACGCGGGUGUGUUGGUGCAGUGUGUGAACUCGGCUCUGUAUCCGCUGCUCGUCUCCCACAUGCUGUCUCAGGGUUCGUGGGAUGUGGACGCCGCUGCGCACCAGCUUCAGCAGGCCGGACACCGCGCCCAGGCCGGCUCCCUGCUGCUCGCCCACCGCGGGGCCCACCCGGCCCUCGCCACCUUCAACAGCGCCCUCUCUGUCCUGCGCAAGUGGAUCUGAGAAACGCACACACAUGCACGCACACACACUCACGCACAACACCUGGCCUUCCAUCUAGUAAAAGUUUUCUUCCUCUUCUUCUUCUUCUUCUUAUCAUUAUCAUUAUCAUUAUUAUUAGUAGUAGUAGUAUUAGUGUUUAUCAGAGGAUAAAGAGGCUUGGAAAGGAUUAAAAACAAGAUUAAAUGACACACAAAUUAAUGAGUUGUAUUAAGAAACCAGCGAUUAAUUAAAGAUUAAACGAUCUUCCAAAGACUCAGCUGAGGCCAUUAAAACUUUAUAAAGGCCACAGUUUUGCAUUAUUUACCUGCUCAGAGCUGAAGUCUUCUGAACUCUUAGAGGUGCAGAGUGAGGAACCAGGGAUGAUGAUCUAUCCCUCCAUUCAUCCUUCCAUCCAUCCAUCCAUUCAUCCAUUUUUCCCUCUCUCUGUUCCCAUUUUCCUCCCUCUUUCCCUCCCCUUCCCUCCAUUCAUCCAUCUUUAUCAUGUUUCAUCCUUUUCUUCUGUGUGGCUUCAGUCACUCCUCUUUCAUUCAUUUCCUCUUUUUCUCUCCCCUUCCUUUCAUUAAUCUGCUUUUCCUUUAUUUACUUUUUUCCUGUCUCCUUUCAUUCAAGUCUCCUUCUGUCUCUCUUUCCCCCCAUCUUUCUUUUUACUUCCUUCCAUUCUCCCAUCAUUCCUAGUGUUCUUCUUUCCUUCCUGUCUCUCUGUUCUCUUUCCCCUUUUCCUCUCCCCUUCCUUCCAUUAAGCCACCUUUCCUUUUUUCUUCUUCCUUUCCUUCCAUUAAGCCACCUUUCCCUGUUAUUUACUCUGUCUCCGUUCACUUUGCUCUCCUUCUGUCUCCCUCUUUCUUUCUACUUCCUUCCAUUGUUCCCUUCUGUCUCCCUUCCUCCAUCUCUCACUUCUUUUCCUCUAUUUCUCUCCUCCCUUCUGUUCCACCACUCUUCCAUCCAUCCACCAGCCCUCUCUCUCUCUCUCUCUCUCUCUCUCUCUCUCUGACACUGUUUGACGUGAGGGUAAUCACAUUACUCAGGCUGUUUAGCCACGCUAACCCGCUCUAAUGCUCAUUACAGCACACAGUUCUAAUUGAAAACGCGACCCACGUGCCAAGCAUGUUUCUCUUUCAGUGCUACGUGUCAUCUAUUCAUUCUUUUUUUUUCUUGGGUGGAUAUUAAUUAUAUUGUACACAGGACACAUGAGACCCCCAGGCAGUUGCAUGUUGCUUUAUUGUCGAAGCAGUCUCACACACACACACACACGUGCGUGUCGUGGAGUUGACCAGCGGUGACAGAUAGCAUUUGCUUCAGAUGUCUUUUUUGAUUUAUUAACCAGCGUAGCAGAGCUGUGUUCCAGUCCAGACUGACCCACACACUGUUGUGUGUUUUUUUUCCUUUACAGAUUGUAGCUCUCAAUAAUAUAUCAGUGAAUAAAGAAUUAAAAAAUUGAA